GAUAUAUCCUGAAACAUCGUGUAAUGUUUCUCAUACUCGUCAGCUAACACUGCGCUAGCAUUUCACGCUAUAUUGUUGAACCCUCCUUCCCUGGAAAUGAAAAGUUAUUUGCCAUUAUACAAAGUUUCCUGUCUCUUCUACCUCGAAUUAUUCUUCGUGCAGUUUGGGCAUAAUUAGAGCUUUCUCAAAAAAUGCUACCCCUCAGGCCUUGUUUGUCCCCGAGAGUUUGUACUAAUAUGAAUGACAUAAAGGUUUCUGGAACUCCUGAUGUCAACUCUGUCAAGUAUCCAAACUUCUUGUUAUCUUCUGACGGCCAACUUAUACCUACCCCUGGGCUGGGAUCGAAAAACUCUGGAUCUGUACCAGUUGAUGUGGAAACCCAACAGGCAGACCGGAUUGCCUUGUUUAUCCUUAGGAUGGUGAGAGUUACUGGUUUUUCUGAAGAUACUAGCGUAUACAUACUAUAACAGAUUCUCUAUGCAUUUACCUCAUGAUUAUUUAAGAUCUCUAUAUAUAUGCUUGACGCCAUUGGUGCCAUAACAAUAUGAUACUUUU